AUGUUGAUAAAUAUAUUUGAAAGAAAAAUUUUUCGAUUAUUAUUUAUUCUUCUUUUAUUGGUAUAUAUUUUCAAAGUGAAUGCAUCUGAAGAAACAGUUGAUAAUCGUGAUGAAGAAGAAACGAUUGAUAUUGGUAUUCGUUUAACAGGUAACAAUCGUGAUUAUCUUAUAGCUGAUCUUAUUGCUGAAGAAAGGGAUAUUCUUAAUGCUGGACAUAUGGAAGGUGUUGAUUUAUAUCAUUUUCAUAUUCGACGACACCGUAAUCAUCGAUCUAAACGUUCAAUUGAUGAAACAAUCGAAGAUUUAAAACGAGAUGAACGAAUCGCAUACAUAACCAUUGGUGAAUCAUUAGAAAGACAAAAACGUGAAUUCAUAGAUGAUAAUGAAUUGAUAGACUUUUUGAAAGAACGUCAAGAAUUAAAUAAUAUUAAUAAAAUAGAAAAUUUUAAAUUAGAAAUGUCAUUUGAUGAUGUAUUAUAUAGUAAACAAUGGUAUUUAGAAAAUAAAGGUCAAUUCAAUACACCAGCUAAUCAUGAUAUUAAUGUUGCACCAGCUUGGCUGGCUGGAUAUUCUGGUAAAGAUGUAACAAUUUGUAUUGUAGAUGAUGGUCUCGAUCAUCCACAUCCAGAAUUAGUUGAUCACUAUCAACCUCAGUUCAGUUAUGAUUUGAAUGAUCUUACAGACAAGAGACAUGAUCCACUUCCACGAACAUAUGAUAGUCAGAAUAAUCAUGGUACUCGAUGUGCUGGAGCAGCAUGCGGUAAAGCCAAUAAUGAAAUAUGUGGAGUUGGUGUUGCCUUCAAUGCAUACAUUGCUGGUAUUCGAGUUCUUGAUGGACGUGUUACAACAUUACUUGAAGCACGUGCUUUAUCAUUAUUUGAUGUUGACGUACAUAUUAAAAGUGCUUCAUGGGGUCCAACUGAUGAUGGAACGAAAAUGGAGGCACCUGGUACUUUGGUUAAUGCAGCUUUAGAUUAUGGUAUUACACAAGGACGUCAUGGGAAAGGUAUGAUAUUUGUUUGGGCAUCAGGUAAUGGAGGUGCAUCUGAGGACGACUGUGGUGCUGAUGGUUAUGUAUCACAUCAAAAUGUUAUAUCAAUUGGUUCAAUUAAUCAUUUGGGUGAAUCAACACGUUUCAGUGAAUUUUGCCCAUCAACAAUGGCUGUUGCUUAUACUGGUGGUCAACAUUCAGGAUCACCGGGUGAAAGCACUUUGCCAAUAGGUGUGGUUGCAGCUGAUGUCGGUGGAAAAUGUACAACAUCUUUUUUUGGUACAUCCGGUGCUGCACCAGUUGCAGCUGGUGCAUUUGCAUUAGUAUUUGAAGCUAAUCCUGAAUUGGGUUAUCGUGAUUUAAUGUAUAUUAUUGCUCAAACAGCUCGAAUUCCCAGUUUAUCUGAAAUUGAUGAUUGGAUUAUAAAUGGAGCUGGUUACCAUGUUAGUGAUAGAUUUGGUUUUGGUGUAUUAGAUGUUGGACAAAUGACAUCUUUAGCACAAAAUUGGACUAAUGUACAACCAAGAUAUGAAUGCUAUCAUGAAUAUGAAGGUGGUCAUCGUCACUUAGGUAUUGGUACAACUGUUGAAGUAUCAAUUAAUGUUGAAGAAUGUGUAAACGUAUCAAGUAUUGAACAUGUUGUAGCUAAUCUUUCAUAUAGUUUUCAUCGUCGUGGAGACGUUAAGAUUACACUUAUAUCACCAAGUAAAACACCAUCAGAAAUGAUUUCAUAUCGUACAAGAGAUGCUACGAAUCAAAGUGUCGAAUAUUUUCCAUUCAUGUCAGUUCAUCAUUGGGGUGAAUCUCCAGUUGGCCGUUGGACAUUACGUAUCGAAACUCGUAAACCGACAAAUGAAGAAUCAAUGCAAUCAGCUUUGAACUAUGGAGAUACAGGUGAAUUAAAAUAUUUUGGUUUACGUAUCUAUGGUUCAUAUGAUCUUAAUGAUAAAAAUCAUGAUAGAUCAAUCAAACGAGAGCAUAAAUUUGCUUUUAUUCCAACACAAAGGGAAAUUGAAUUAAUUUAUAAACGUGAGUCAGCUGCACGUGAAUCACCAAAUAUUAUGCAAAAACGUCAUCAUCAAAAUUUAAUUAAACAACGACAACUUCGAAAACAAAACGAAAAUGAAGCUCCCCAACAUAAAUCAUAUUUUGAAUUAUUUCGUCGAACGUUUGGUUUUUAA